AACAUCAUUCCACCUUUUGCUCGCAUGAAUCUCUUCGAAAGACUAUUGCAUGCAGGUUCGGCGACGCCGAUCAGGCCUGGAAGCUGAAAGCCGGUCAGGCCACCACGUGGAGUAUCUCCUUCCGGCAUGGCGCUGGCGUUCCACGAGUGAUCACUGGUCGGAAGUGUGACCUCGUAGACGCCUCGCACGCCAACGACGCCUCGACCGCGUCGACUUCCACCGUUUCAGUGGCUCACCCUUCUGGCAUCUGCCCUUGCGGGUAUGGCGACCGUCGAUGCAAAGGCUGUUGUCGCCCAUUUCAUGAUGGUGAAUGCCGAUUAUUACGCUGUUUCGGACUGGCAGACGGAUAUUGCAGAUGCACAGGCGGCGAAGAUUGAUGGGUUUGCUCUCAAUUUUGCGGCGGAUCAGGCAGAUCGACUGGCAAAUCAGGUUGCAAACGCAUUCCAAGCCGCAAAUGCUGCGGGCUUCAAGCUCAUGUUCAGCUUCGACUAUGCGGGAGCCGGAGCAUGGGACUCUUCCAAGGUCAUCAGCUACCUGAAGCAGUACGGCGGGAACUCGGCUCAUCUGCAGUACAACGGAAAGCCGGUGGUCAAUACCUUCGAGGGACCACAAAGCUCGGGCGACUGGCCAAAUAUCAAGUCACAAACCGGCUGCUUCUUCAUGCCAGAAUGGGACUCUAUCGGACCCUCACAAGCCGCCACAACUUCAAAUAGUGUCGCCGAUGGUCUAUUCUCUUGGACAGCAUGGCCCAACGGUGCCAACGACAUGGGUACUGGGAACGAUCAGGCCUACAAAUCAGCACUAGGCGGCAAGCCCUACAUGAUGGCUGUCUCUCCCUGGUUCUACACCAACGUUCCUGGCUUCAACAAGAACUGGCUGUGGCGAGGUGACGAUCUCUGGUUCGAUCGUUGGUCGCAAGUCCAGGCCUUACAACCAGAGUUGGUACAGAUUGUCACAUGGAACGACUGGCCGGAGUCGAGCUACAUCAGCCCACUCAGAGGCGACAAGUCCUACAGCGCUUUCUCUGCUGGAAACGCAAACUACAACUACGCACUGGACAUGCCGCACGACGGCUGGAGAACGCUGUUGCCUUACCGAAUCGACAUGUACAAGAACAACGCCGCGACCAUCACCUCCGAGGCAGCCUCAUUCUGGUACCGAACCAACCCCAAGGACUCUUGCAACACCGGCGGCACCCUCGCCAACGCUCCCUGGCAGUCACAGCUACAGCCCAGCCAAGUCGUCCAAGACAAGGUCUUCUUCACCGCUCUCCUCUCCUCUGCCGCAGACGUCAGCGUCACCGUAGGCGGCCAAACCCAGAACGGCACAUGGACGAAGACGCCCGCGAACGGCGGCGCAGGUCUCUAUCACGGCAGCGCCAACUUCAACGGCCGAACCGGCGCGGUGUCCAUCAUCAUCUCUAGGAAAGGCACCACCGUCCUCCAACAAACCGGCAAAACCAUCUCCACGAGCUGCACAAACGGCAACUCGAACUGGAACGCAUGGGUCGGAAGUGGCCCGCGUGGUUCUAUGGAGAGAUCUUCAUCUGGACAAGAGGGUCAUCAGGAAGCAUAG